UGUCACGUGUCAUGUUUUACAGCAUGGUGCAUGAAAAUGGCUCUCAGUACCAUCCUGAAGUCUUUAACCGAGGUUAAUCAGUUCAGAUCACAUGUACGGCUUUGUGUUUGCUCUUUAGUGAACAGUUCCUUCCAGACUCGCGGAUAUGCUAAAAAAGCUGUUGCUAAAGGAAAAGGAAAAGGCUUGGUGAAGGAUGUGUUAAAGGGCCCUGAGGUGUGUAAGGACCCUGUGAAGCUGACCUCAUAUGCUGUUGGAGUAAACAUCUACAAACAAGGAGAUGAUCCACCACUGAAAUCCAAAGAGGAAUAUCCAGCAUGGUUGUUCGAGUUGGAUCUCGGGCCCACCAAAAAACUCCACGAGCUGGAUCCGGAGAGCUACGAAUACUGGAAGCGUUUGAGGAAGGAGCACAUCUGGCGUUUUAAUAAACUGCAUAAAGGAAAAAAAAUGUGAUAAACUCUAACACGUUUAUUUAGCUUUGAGGAACUUUGAUACUGUUUCACUGUGGUAAGUGAUGGUGUCAGAUUGAUGCAGUUCAGCCCAUGACCAUGAACUUUCUGUACAGCUGAUUUGUUAAUCACUUGAACUGUGUAGUUCAGUGGGACUUGUAUGUGUUGCUCAACACUUAUGCAAAGUACUUUAUCAUUUUGCCUCAGGAGCGACUAUUAUAGAGUGUACAGGGAAUGUAGUUAGAACUCACAUCAGGAGUGUUUAAAAAAAAAAAAAAAAAAAAAAGUGUGUCUUUGAUAUUGAAUAAUGCUUUGUGUGUAAAUAAACUGAAAAUUGUUCUUCCUAA